AUGAUCAGGAGGCCAAGGCCGGGCGGUGGCCGUCAUCCCCCACCGUUGGCUCCGACGGUGAGCAGUUUCAAGCCAAGAGCUCAGUGGAGCAACUCCGGAUCUACCAUUUUCCUCUACGUCAAUCUUCCAGGGUUUUAUAGGGAUCAAAUAGAAAUAAAGAAGGAUGAGAGGUCACGGAUUAUCCAGAUUCAGGGCCAGCGACCGCUCUCUACUCAGACUAAGGCUCGUUUCAAUGAAACUUAUCGGGUCCCUGGCUCGUGUGAUAUGACGAAAUUGAGCACCUCCUUCUCGCAUGGUCUCUUGACGAUCGAGUUUCCGGCGGUCGUUGAAGAUGAGAAAGCGGGAAAAUCAGUCCAAGAUCAGGGGAAGAUUGUACAGAGUCCUAAUCAGGAGAAAAGUAGAGGAACUGGUCUUAAUAUGAGUAGUUUGGGACCAAAGAAACCUUCGGACGAGGAGCAACAAGUGGGCACAAGUCAAGCGAAAGCUGCUCCGGUGGCGAAUAAAGAAGAGCCCAAAACGUAUAAAUCAGUGGUUGAGGGUAAGAGAGCGGUGCCAACGGCCAAUCGAGAGAAGACUGAACAGAAACUGAAAGAGCGAGAAGCCAACCCUAGCUUGGGCCGUAAUGGACGUGCGAAAGAAGAGGAGGCUGCUCAAAAGACUGUACAGAAGGUAAAGGAGAAAGAGGCUGGAAGUACACCGACCGUUGGUGGUAACGUGAAAGCCAAUGUACUUGCAAAAGAAGAGAAAGUAAUCGAGAGAAAGAAAGAUGGUGAUAUAGGUCAGCAAAAGACAGGAAAGAAGGUGAAGGAGGAAGGAAUCACUAGAACGCCAACCCUUGGUGGUAGUUUGGAACCCAAGGUACAUGCCAAAGCAGAAAAAGUAGGUGGGAGAAAGGGUGAUGGUGAAAAAGGUCAAAAGCAGAAAGGGGAAGGAAAGAUUGACUUGGGACAAAAGAAACAGGAGAAUUACACGAAGCCAGUUGUCGUUGAUGAGGCAAGCAGAACAGAGAAGAAAAUUAAUGCCACGAACAGAGCAGAAGCUGAGUUAAAAAUGAAAGAGAGGGUUGAAAGAACAGCACUGGAUGUUAAUGGUAACAUGAAAAUCAGGCAGGAUGAGAAAAAUGAGGAUAUGGCUGGAGACAAGGUAAGCGAAGGAGAGAUUCAAAAGGUACUGAAACAAAAGAAGAUAGAAGAAACCGGUCUAGCCAAAGAAACAGGAGAUUUGAAGGAUAAUCUUAAAGCCAUGGAACGGAGAAGGGUAGAUUUGGGUGAUCCUUUGAAGGAAGAAACAACGCGAGGAGGUGAAGAUAGAGAGAAGAUGUUUGAAAAGAUUUCAGAAUCAGAAAGCAGCCCAUUGCUAAUCGACGAAGGACAGAAGAAGACCAACUUGGAUCCUUCUGCGAUAGAAGGAAGAGGACUGGAGGAAGAAGAGAAUCAGAAAUACGAAAUAUCUUUAGUUAAUGUUGGAGUAGCUUCUCUUGUCAUCAUGGGGUUUGGUGCUUACGUCUUUAUACCUCUUGUAAAAAUGUUCUAUUGAUUCUGUUUAAAACAAAACAAAAAGUAGGUGGUUACUAGUUUAUAUUUUAUG